UCCAAAGCAACAACACGCGAAGGUAUUUAAUCUAGUGGCAGCCAGCCGGUCAACAACUGGUACCGCGGCGUGUGCGUGGCUUUAGCAGACAGUUUUGGGAAUCACUCCAAAGCAGUUAGACGUUUAUUUCGGUGCUGUGUUCUCGUUCGGAAGAAAAACCAAAUCAACUCACAAUGGCUAAUUCAAACCCAGACAUUAAGUACACGCAGCUCUUCAUCAAUAAUGAGUUUGUGGACGCAGUGAGUGGUAAAGUAUUUCCCACGGUGAACCCGUCGACGGGCAAGAAGAUUGUGGACGUUGCCGAGGGCGACAAGGCCGAUGUGGACCUGGCCGUCCAGGCUGCCAAGGCCGCCUUCCAGCGCAGCUCCAAGUGGCGCCAGAUGGAUGCCUCGGCCCGCGGAAAGCUGAUCUACAAGCUAGCCGAAUUGAUGGAGCGUGAUCUGCACCAGAUUGCCAGUUUGGAGUCGUUGGACAAUGGCAAACCGUACAUGAGUGCCGUGUAUGACGUGUACGGUUCGAUGAACUGUCUGCGGUACUACGCCGGGUGGACGGACAAGGUUUGUGGCGAGACCGUGCCUUCGGAUGGACCACAUCUGACCUACACCCGCAAGGAACCAUUCGGAGUGGUUGGCCAGAUCAUCCCAUGGAACUAUCCGCUGCUGAUGCUCGCCUGGAAGUGGGGUCCCGCUCUGGCCGCUGGUUGCACAAUCGUUAUGAAACCGGCUGAACAGACCCCGCUCACUGCUUUGUACAUGUGCUCACUGGUGAAGGAAGCUGGUUUUCCUCCCGGUGUAGUCAAUGUGGUGCCUGGAUAUGGACCAACGGCUGGCAGUGCCGUUACAAUGCAUCCGGACAUUCGGAAGGUUGCUUUUACCGGUUCGGUGGAGGUGGGCAAAACUGUGAUGGCCGGAGCGGCGAGUAAUCUGAAGAAGGUUUCGCUGGAGUUGGGUGGUAAGAGCCCGCUGGUGAUUUGCGACGACGUGGAUGUGAACGAGGCCGCCCAAAUUGCCUACACCGGCGUCUUCGAGAACAUGGGCCAGUGCUGCAUCGCGGCGACUCGUACCUUCGUGCAGGAGGGCAUCUAUGAUGCAUUCGUGCAGAAGGCAACCGAACUGGCUAAGGGACGCAAAGUGGGCAAUCCAUUCAGCCAGGGCAUCCAACAUGGCCCUCAGAUCGAUGACACGCAGUUCAAGAAGAUUCUCGGCUACAUCGAAACGGGCAAGAAGGAAGGAGCCAAGCUGGAGACCGGUGGUGUUCAGGUUGGCGAUGAAGGUUAUUUCAUUGAGCCGACCGUUUUCUCCAACGUUACCGACGAGAUGACCAUCGCCAAGGAGGAAAUAUUCGGACCGGUUCAGAGCAUCAUCAAGUUCAAGACGCUAGAGGAAGCGAUCGAACGUGCAAACGCUACCAGCUUCGGUCUGGCGGCAGGCAUUGUAACCAAGAACCUGAAUAACGCCCUCACCUUCAGCAACGCCGUCGAAGCCGGUUCCGUUUGGGUAAACACCUAUUUGGCUGUAUCUAAUCAGGCCCCGUUCGGUGGUUACAAACAAUCUGGCGUGGGACGCGAGAUGGGCAAAGAAGGCAUCGAAGAGUAUCUGGAAACGAAGACCGUGUCCAUCAAGCUGCCCUCUAAAGUCUAGAUCUUAACGGUUUUGGUGCUACAGCCGGCUUCGUGCUUUGUUAUCGCAUCCAGAGCACGGAGUGUUUUGUAAUGCAAUCGAGUCAUAUCUGCAGGUCAUCGCGGACAAACGUGAUAAAUUUCAAUUGUAUACUGGUGUGAAUAAAUUAUCUCUUAACAGUCAA